AUGAACGGCGGUCCACCCCCUCCUCCUCCUCCUCCUCCAGGGGACCAUCCCUUCCCCCCUCCUCCUCCGCCUUUGAACCGUCCGCCCUUACCGCAAUCAUACACCACCUCUUCAACGCUCGACGCUCACCGGCGCAUCCAACACCCCCAACAACUCGGCGCAGGAUACGGAGGACAACAACACCAAGAUACCCGCACCCAAUUGUUCGUCUCGAACCUCCCCUUCCGAGUGCGAUGGCAAGACCUUAAGGACUUGAUGAGAAAGUGUGGGACAGUGUUGAGGGCCGAUGUCGCGUUGAGUCCGACGGAUGGACGAAGUCGCGGCUUCGGCGUCGUCCUCUUUGCCAAAGCCGAAGACGCCGCGAAAGCCAUCGCGACCUACCACGGCUACACCUGGCAAACGCGCGUCCUCGACGUGCGAAUUGACGCACAGGAUCCGACGGGCGCUUUGGCGUUGGCUGAAGCGAAUCGGCAACAGGCGGCGCAGAAGGCCCAGCAGCAGGGUCAGAGAGGAAGUCCGGUCUUGCCUCCCCCUCCUCCGCCACCUCCGCCCGGGAUGAUGGGUAUGCCGGGGAUGGCGCCGAUGGGGAUGGUACCGAUGGGAAUGGCGGGGAUGGGGAUGGUCGCUGCGCCUUUCGGACCGAUGCUGGUGCAGGUUCCGUCGCCGCUGGGUCAGACGUUCCUCGCUCCUGCUCAGCAGCAACCGCAGCAGAGGUCGAGCUCGCCGUACCUCUCGCCUGAAGCGGCGAGAUCGUCGCCGACUCAGCUGCAACCGGACCUCGGCUCGUCCAACGUCCAGUCGCGCAACUCGAGCGCUUCGCCUUCUCCCUCGCCCGCUCACUCGCCCGCAGCCGACUCGACCUCUCCGACGAACGAGCGGAAGAGCCCGCUCCUCGCGCCUCCUUCGCGCGAUCCGUCCUCUUCGUCGCCUGUCCCUCCGCCGCCGCCGCCUCCUCCGCCCGGCUCGUCCUCGAAUCCGGAUAUCCCACCGCAGUUCCAGCACCUCAUGGCGAUGCAACACGCGCCUGCUCCUCCCGCGCCUUCCUCGAUCCCCCCGCACCUCCAGCAACACCAACACCCUCACCAGCCGCACCCUCAACAAGCGAUGGUGGUCCCGAUGAUGAGUAUCCACCCGAUGGGAUACGCCGUCCCCGCCGCCGGUCUGCUAGGGUACUACCCCUCGAACGGCAGUGGGCGUCCAGGCUCCGCCCCUCCCGGCGCAGGCGCAGGCGCAGGACCGCACGGGUCAGGCCAGUACACGAACCGGCACCUGUUCGUAGGCAACUUGCCCUUCAACUGCCAGUGGCAGGAACUGAAGGACUUGAUGCGCGGCGCGGGGAACGUCUUGAGGGCGGAUAUUGCCCAGGGUCCGGAUGGAAGGAGUCGAGGGUUCGGGAGCGUGUUGUUUGCGAGUCAGGGGGAUGCGGAGAGGGCCGUGGGCAUGUUCAAUGGGUACGAGUUCAAUGGGAGGGCGUUGAAGGUCCACUUCGACAAGUUCGCUGGUGCCGCCGUCAACCCGAACCAAAACGGGCCCAACUCGUCCAACGGUCCUUCGCACCACUACCCUCCCCCGCCACCUCCUCACCACGCCUACCCUCCCCCUCCGCCUCCUCAGCAUCCCUACCCCUACGCGAACGGCCAGCAGCACCAGCAGCAGCAACAGCAGUUCGUCAUGCCUUUUCCGACGAGGGCCGCGGGUGCGGGAGAGGGGUAUGUUGGUGCGCCGAGUCCGUUGGCGCAGUUGGCGUUUGGCGAACGGAGGGAGAAGGAGGGGAGUUUGACGGAGAGUCGGCCUGGGACGGCGGUCAAGCGGGAGGAGCAGGCGGAUGCGACGGAGGUAGGAGCGAGCGAAGGCGCCGAGGGUGGAGAAGGGGACGAGGAAGAGCGCACGAAGUAUGCGCGAGAGCCGACGGUGUCGAGUCAUCACCUCGUUCACCCUCGCCCGCAUGCGCAUCCGCACCCAGCAUCCUCCUUCUCACGAGGCCACCACCAUCCGGCUGCACCCUCCCGCAUCGCCAUGCCUCCACCUCUACCUUUCGCCUCUCUCGCCGGCUACGCGGGCGCGACGAGCGCUUCAGCAGCGACGCCGAGCGGUCCCUUCUCGCCGCUCGGCCACCCAACCUCGACCCGCCUCGCCGGUCUCGGUCCUAUGACGCCCUCGAUGCCCGCCUUCACCUUUGGCGGCGCAGGACCGUUCGCCGCACAGCCGACUCCGCCAAUCAUGCCAGGCGGGAUGUUCUCGCCAGGCGACUUCAACGUCGGACCGUUCUCCCCCGGCGUGCCGUUCUUUGGCGGUCACCAGCAACCGAACGGUACACAGGGAGCAGGAGCAUGGAAAAACGUCGCGCCUGGACAGCAGACGCCCGGUUUCAACCCGAUGUUCCCGGCGUACCCGUACUCUGCCGCACACGCCGGCGUCAACGGCGAGUAUGCGCAGCAGGAGGAUGAGGAGCAGCAUCCGCAGCUUGGCGAGGAGGAGCAUCAGCCGUCGGGCGAGGCGGAGCAAGAGUCUCGGCGGCAAGAAGCGUCGGACGAGCCGAGUUACUUCCCGCCCGUUUCGGCGCCCUCGCCUGCAACGACUAUCACGCGCUCGCCUCUCGUCCCUCACUCGGCAUCCGCUCCUCCUCUCUCGCCUCGCAUCUCGCCCAUCCAGGACCGACCGUCGCUCGACGACGCUCGCACGGGCGCGAACGGUCCGGGACACUCUGUCUCGGAGACGCUCGCCCUCUCGAACGCCUUUGAAGGCCUCGCUGUCGGCGGACGCGGAGCGAGUCGCAGCCUGCAGAACAGCCCGCGACCGCAGGCGCAGGCACAGCUCGAUGUUGGCGGCGGAGGCGCGUUCGGGUCGAGCUUGCAGCCUGGCUGGGCUGAGGGCCUUUCGCCGCCGGCGUCGGCCGAGGAGAAUGGCGAGCCGAAUCGUAGGAGGUCGCUGGUUGCUCCGGCUGGAUCGGCGGCAGGAUUGGGAGGCGGAGAAGGCGCGGCGGGUGCAGCUCAACGAGGCGUGUCGGUCGGGCCGACGGCGAAGGAACUCGGCGCGGGGCUCGUCGUCCCUGACAUCGGCGCCACGGGUGGACCGAGGCGGGCGAGUAUGGAUUCGAGCUCGCCUGCGCUCGCAGCAGGAGCUGGGGGAGCGCCGUCGUCGAGGGGAGGACGCGCAGCUUUCGGGACUUCGAUCUGGGGAUAG